ACAGAUAUGUUAGAAUAAAAGAUCAAACUUUCACAAGAUCACAUUUUAUUCAUUGUCAUUGCUGGAGUCACAGGAUGCUCACAAUGAAGUGUUUGAUUUCAUUUUAUCUUCUGACAUUGAUUCUGCAUUUAUCCAGCAGUGCAGAUUGGUGCUAUCAGGCACAAGCAAACUCUGGUGUACAUUGUAUAGGUCCAGAGCUCUGGAAAGAAGUAAACGUACAAUGUGGAAACACCAGACAGUCACCGGUCAACAUAGCGACGAAGAAAACCGUACUGGACGAGCGACUGAAGCCUUUCAAUUUCACCGGCUACCAGAACAUAUUCAACGGCACCAUAAAGAACAACGGCCACACCGUUGAGGUGGACGUAUCACAGAAUAACACACCUACAGUGUCCGGAGGAAACCUGGGAGACACAUACAAACCCAUCCAAUUUCACUUCCACUGGGGAACAGAUGUAGGAGCGGGAUCUGAACACACCAUUGAUGGAGAACAGUAUCCUAUGGAGCUGCAUAUGGUCCAUAUUAAACAAAGAUACAACAGUCUAGAAGAGGCAUUAAAUGAUCCUUCUGGCGUUGCAGCCCUUGGAUUCUUUAUUGAGGAGUCAAACAGCACAAACACAAAUUAUGACCAGCUCAUACAAGCCCUGAAGAGCAUACAGAACGCAAGUCAGUCUAUAAAUAAUAUCACAGCCAUUCUUAACAUCUCGAUCAGCCAGUUUAUUCUGUCAGAGGACAAACUGACUAAAUAUUACAGAUACAAUGGAUCUCUGACCACACCGAACUGCAGUGAAGCUGUGGUCUGGACUGUCUUUGAAAAUCCCAUUCCUCUCAGCAGAGAACAGCUUCUGGCAUUUUCUUCCCAACUAAAGUUUUCUGAUGGCAAUCCAAUGGUGGGAGUAUUUCGACCUGUACAGUCUCGUAAUGGACGUUUAGUGUAUCGGUCGAGCGGUCCGGCGGUCCUGGCCAGCGCUCUGCUUCUCUUUACCUCCAUCAUUACAGCGUUCAGUCUGUCUCAUCUAAACUAAAGGCCAACAAGAGAGAAACCAAACCUACAAACUACAGAAUAACAGCACGUCAGAUGUAACUUUCCCAAAAUACUUUCAUUACUUCGUAAGAAACCGAACAAAUUAGCCAACUUGUAAAUCAUGAACAAAUUCUCGUGGGAUCAGUCUGAGGAACUGAGUGAAAAUGUUUCAGGUCUUUUAUUAUAUGCAUUGAACACUGACAGAAAUCACAUUGUAUUAGACUAUGAAUGAGAUUUUAUACAAACCCCAAAUACCAGUGGCGGCCGGUGACUUCUUUUUUCGAGGGUGCGCCGCGCAUGAUGG